AUGGGAAAAGAUAACCUUGCUGACGCCAUUGUGCAGCCUGUGGCUGAUAAAAUAUCAGAAUUGACCUCGUCUGCUCCUCCUCCCAAGAAAGGAAUUACUCUUUACUCUCCUGAGUACUACGCAGCAUGUACUAUCGGAGGUAUCAUAGCUUGUGGGCCUACCCACUCAGCAGUGACUCCGCUUGAUUUGGUGAAAUGUCGUCGUCAGGUGGACGGAUCCCUUUAUAAAUCUAACAUCCAAGGAUGGAAAACCAUCAUGAGAACUCAGGGUGACUCCAUUUUCACUGGUAUUGGGGCUACCUUCGUGGGAUACUCAUUGCAAGGAGCAGGUAAGUAUGGAUUCUAUGAAUUCUUUAAGAAAACAUACGGGGAUUUCGUUGGACCAGAGAACUUUGCAAAAUAUAAAACCGGAGUGUUUUUGGCAGCUUCGGCAUCUGCGGAAUUUUUGGCUGAUUUAGCAUUAUGUCCUUUUGAAACAAUCAAGGUUAAGACCCAAACCACAAUUCCUCCAUAUGCAACGUCAGUUGCCGAUGGAUGGAAGAAAAUUACCGCUCAAGAAGGAAUUGCGGGUUUAUACAAGGGAAUUGGGCCACUUUGGGCCAGACAGAUUCCAUAUACUAUGGUUAAGUUUGCUUCUUUUGAGAAAACCGUUGAGCAGAUAUAUAAAUACCUUGGAAAGCCUGCCUCCUCCUACACUUCUUUGCAGCAGACAGGAGUUUCUUUCUUGGGAGGAUACAUUGCUGGUAUUUUCUGUGCUGUUGUGUCGCAUCCAGCAGAUGUGAUGGUGUCGAAGAUUAAUUCAGACAAGAAGGCCUCGGAGAGUUUGACACAGGCAUUGGGUCGGAUCUAUGGCAAGAUUGGGUUUGCUGGAGUCUGGAAUGGCUUGCCUGUGCGUAUUUUGAUGGUUGGUACAUUGACGGGAUUCCAGUGGUUGAUCUACGACUCGUUCAAGGUGUAUGUUGGCUUGCCCACCACAGGAGGACACUAA